AUGAAGCGCGGCGGCGUGCGCAACCAGGAGGUGACGGACGCCCAGGGCCGUCGGCGCUUCCACGGAGCCUUCACCGGAGGCUUCUCGGCUGGCUACUACAACUCUGUGGGCAGCGAGGAAGGAUGGACGCCGCGGACGUUCUCCUCGUCUCGAGGCAACCGCAUGGAGCGGGUCCAGCAACGUGCGGAGGAUUUCAUGGACGAAGAGGACGACCCGCUGCUCGGCAAGCGACUGGAGACCACGGAGCGCUAUGAUACGCUACAGACAGGGGCUAAGAGACGCCUACAGCAGCAACAACAAGCCGACCAAGCUGCUUCUGGAGCGGGGGCAAUCCCAGGCUUCGCGUUGCCUGAUGACUGGGUCUUGCCGGUCAAUGAUUCGAUUGGGGCGAAGCUGCUGAAGCAGAUGGGCUGGAAAGAAGGCCACGGCAUCGGCCAGCGUGUCCGCAGACGCAAGUUCCUGGAGGAAGAGAAGGAGGCGGUGGAGAACCUAAAGCUGUUGACCCAGUAUGCACAGGAAGAGAAGACAGAGAUGAAGGCCCGAGAUGGUGCUGAAGAGGAAGAGGAGGUGUGUGUGCCGCCGCGGAAGGUCUUCGACGUGCAGAAGGCGUUCCCGAAGCCCAAGUUGGAUCGAUAUGGCGCGGGUUUUGACCCGUACACGAAUGCUCCCGAGUUUUCGAGGUAUAAACAGCAGCAGGAGGAGAAGCAGAGAUCGAAGGAAGGACCUCAUCGUCAGGUGGUGUCUUUCUCGGACGCUUUGACAGCUACCAACGGCAGCAAUCGUGCGACUACUGGGUACGGACUAAGUGCCUUGGAGGAAGAUGACGACGUGGAUGUCUACGGUACUGUCUCGAUGGCGGAGUUUGAUCGAGUAAUCGCUCCUCUUGGGGCGAAGAAGGACUUAAAGCGCCUGGAUUCCUCAGCUCAAGAGUCUCGUCGACACGAGAAGGCGAAUUCCAGAGCUUUGUGCUCGGAUGGGCGACCUGUUCUUCCUGGGUUUGAGUUGGCAGCCUCAAAGGAGAAACCCCCAAAGGCUGUAAACUUGCGCCUUGCUGUGCCUGCUGAUUUUAAGGCUUAUCACCAUUUUAAUGAAAACGUGGACGGAGAUGAGGGUGUGACGGCACUAUAUCCCCGGCAGCCAUUGGUCGCUGGUAGCGGUGGUGACCAAUUUCGCGCCACGAUUUCAGCUUCCAUCGCAAAACGGUUCGUGUCCUCGACGUCUACAAAUGCUGAUGAAAAGAGCGAGCUCGUGGCUACCAAGGAGCCUCAAGACAAGAAUUCUCGCCGCUCACAAAGUUCGUGGAUUCCUAAGUCGCUGCUUUGCAAACGCUUUCACAUGACGACAAGAAGCGAAACCUGUUUGACGAGGAGCUUGUUCCGCACUUGA